AUGCGCCUCUCCCCAGCGGGUGGUGUCUCAGACAUGACUGGCCUUGCUGAAGCCCUUGACACGGCUGGGCCGCGAUCCCAACGAGCCAACUCAUUGACACCUUCCAUUGCAGGCGAAGCUCCGGACCCGGAGUCGGCGCGGAAUCGGCGGCGUUCGCGUCGCGCCAGCUCGCAACCUGUUCGAGUGCGCCAUGAAGUCAGCGAUGAGGAGCUUCCAGGUGCAGCACAUUCAGCCGAAUUUCGACAUGCGUUUCAGAUCUCGAAGCGCCUCAUGGCUGAUAUGGAAAAUAUUCUGAGAGGCUCAGCUCUGCACGCCGAAGAAGAAUCUACCAUACAUGGGUUGCAUGCGGAGGCUGUCAAACUGGCUGAAUUCCAAUACCCAUCGACCCGGAUCGUGGGGUUCGUUGGCGAUUCUGGCGUGGGGAAAAGCAGCCUCCUCAACUCGCUUCUAGACACUCGGGCACUUGCAAGGACUAGCAACAGCGGUGAAGCAUGCACCUGCGUUGCCACUGAGUAUCAUUAUCACCCCGAGGAGACCUUCAAUAUUAAGACGAAUCUUUUCACGGUCGAGGAGCUCAGAGACCAGCUGAGAUCCAUGCUGCGGUGCUAUCGCCACUUUCACCUCCAUGGCCAUGCUAUGGAAGCGGACGAAAAGCGCGAUCUCGAAUUGGGUGCUAAACUCGCCAUCGAUACGUUUAGGGCCAUGUUUCAUGGCCGACUACGCAAUGAAGACUUUCUCGUCACGGAUAUGGAAGACACUGUCCUUGAAGUCUUGUCAAGGGUCUACUCCAACGCAACUAUCCUGAGCACAGGGCUCAUUCUAGUCGACCUACCAGGGCUCCGGGACUUGAAUGCCGCUCGUCGGAUCAUCACCGAACGCUAUCUAAUCCAAUGCGACGAGAUAUUUGCUGUUUGCAACAUUGGUCGGGCAGCCACCGACGAGGGAGUCAGCAAUGUGUUUGAGCUAGCUCGGCAAGCGCGACUUUCUAAUGUCGGCAUUGAUGUUCAAGCCGAAGAGGCCCUCAUAGGCUCGACAGGCGAUAGGGCGGACAAAAUUCGAGAAAUGAUGGCCGCCAUUGCCACCGAUGAGAGGGACGCACGCCGUGUGCAGGACGAGUUGGAUGUCUUUGGGAAUGAGGAUCUCUCAGAAGACGAACGGGAGGAUUGGAUCGAGCUUACGAUGAGACAGAACCGCAUCAGGUCAGUGGCAUACCAGCGCGACAUAACAUGGCACUUCAUGGGUAAUUAA